UUCAUUACUUUUUGGUAGCUUCUUCCUUCUAAUCCCGAAACUAGAGAGAAAAAAGGGUACCCAAAAAGUGACACCAAAGAUCUCUCUGAAACCAAAAUCUCAGACCUCAAAUCAUUUCUCUAUUGCCUCGCACUAGCUGAAGCUAAAAGGAUCUGAGUUUCAGAUUUGGAGUGAUAAAUAACAAAGUGUUAUCAUUUUUGUCUCUCUUGUCUUGUCCUUUUUUUUGUUCCCUUGGAAGAGAAGAAGAAGAAGAAAACACAGACCCUUGUUUUCUUUUCCACAGAUUUACUUGGGUUCUUGUUCAAGGUCUCUGCUUUAUCUGAAUUUUGCUGGUUUUUGGGUCUUUUUGGGUGUACCCCAUACAGUUUUCUCUUGAGGUUUGGAAAGUAUUGUCUGUUUUGAUGGGGGCUUGUUGGAGCAACCGAAUUAAGGCUGAAAGCCCAUUUCAUACAGGAUAUAAUUCCAAGAGUACGAGCUCCAGUGGCAAAUCCUCAUCAUUUUCCAUGCCAAUGACCCCUAGGAGUGAAGAUGAUAUCUUAAGGUCCCCAAAUGUUAAGAGUUUCACCUUUGCUGAACUCAAAACUGCUACUAGAAAUUUCCGACCGGAUAGUGUAUUGGGUGAGGGUGGUUUUGGUUCUGUUUUCAAAGGUUGGGUGGAUGAGCACACGCUGCAAGCCACCAAGCCUGGAACCGGAAUAGUAAUUGCUGUGAAGAGGCUCAACCAAGAAGGGUUUCAGGGUCACAGGGAAUGGCUGGCAGAGAUCAAUUAUCUGGGGCAGCUACACCAUCUUAAUCUUGUGAAGUUAAUUGGUUACUGCUUCGAGGACGAUCACCGACUCCUGGUGUAUGAGUUCAUGCCUAAGGGAAGCAUGGAGAACCAUCUUUUCAGGAAGGGUUCUCACAUUCAGCCUCUUUCAUGGAAGCUGCGGAUGAAAAUUGCCCUCGGUGCUGCUAGAGGGCUUGCCUUUCUCCAUGGCGCUGAAACAAAAGUCAUCUAUCGUGACUUUAAAACUUCUAACAUUUUGUUGGAUUCGAACUACAACGCCAAGCUGUCUGAUUUUGGGUUGGCCCGGGAUGGGCCAACAGGUGACAAGAGCCAUGUAUCUACUAGAGUCAUGGGAACUUAUGGCUAUGCUGCACCAGAAUAUUUAGCCACAGGUCAUCUCACUUCCAAGAGCGACGUAUAUAGUUUUGGAGUGGUUCUUUUAGAAAUAAUCUCUGGACGACGUGCCAUAGACAAGAACCGACCAACAGGACAACACAACCUUGUCGAGUGGGCAAAACCAUACCUGACCAACAAACGAAGAGUUCUUCACGUCAUGGAUUCUCGUCUCGAAGGCCAGUACACCCUUAGCUUGGCCCAAAAGGCAGCCAACCUCGCACUUCAAUGUCUCGCAAUAGAACCCAAGUAUCGGCCAAACAUGGAUGAGGUGGUAACAAUAUUGGAGCAGUUCCAGGAUUCGAAAGACAAUCCUAAAGAGCAGAACCCAAACAGCGAAGCUCAAAAAUCGAGCAGAAGCAGCUUGACAGAUGGUUCUAGAGUGAGAGUCAAUACUUCUUAUCCCAGGCCUUCUGCUUCUCUACUUUACAGUUAGGAGAAUUUUGUUUUGUGUAGUCUUCAUGACCUCUUGAAGAGAGUUUUAGAGAGUUCAAAACAUGUUCAUAGCGAAGGUUGUUUACGAGAUGUAUAGUUUUUGUUUGAAUGGAUGUAUAUGUAUAUGUAUGUAAGUCUGCCUUAGCAAAAUGUUUAUCUGUUAAGAUCAUGCAAAAUCCUGAUCAUGGUUUUAAAGAUUGUUUAACUACGUUUCCAAUCAGGUUUGUAUGAGGUUGUCACCAAGUUGUUUUCAGUAAUUGAAAUCCAGUUUCUGGUUUGGUUUGGUU